AGUGAGGGCAGAAUUAGGGUGCUAGGCCAGAAAGAUCCUCAUCACGACCAGCCAGGGAGGAGUCCGACCGGGGCGCCAUGGCAGUGCCAAAUUCUCUUGCUAGCCCACGCACCUGCGGCUGAGUCACACAGGCUCCGUAAAGAAAGCUUGAUCCUCCAACGCUCCUCCCCAUUUUUCCUGAGGAAAACAGUUUCUCUCUCCCCGCUGGUGCAAAUUUCGUGAGUCCCAGGAAGACAGAGGUCGCCAGCUCUGAACGAAACAUCUUCACCAUGUCGCUGAGGAUGGAGGAACUGUCGACGACGAACGAAAAGCUCCGCUACCAAAUUAAUGACCUGACAGAGACGGUGGCCUACCUUGAUUCUGAGAACCAGGCCCUGCUCAAGGACAACAGCACCAUCAAGGGCCACAACCGGAGCUUGCAAGAGACAGCGGACAGAUUCAAGGCCGCCAUGGAGGAGAUGCAGAAGAAGGUGGAGGACAUCAGAGAGAAGAUGGACCACACCAACGCGAGGAUCCACGAACUGGAUGCCCAGAACAAGGCCUUGGCGAAAGCGAACGCAGAGCUCAGCAAGGAACUCCGUGAGGUGACCUCCCAGGUGGCCCUUUUCGAAGACUACAAAGCCGCUCAGGAGAAGGACCUUCGAGAGAUGCAGAACCUGUCGGUGGAAGUCAAAAAAUACCUGAAAAGCCUGGAAGAUAGGCUACAGGAGACCGAGCAUCACUAUCAAGCGGAGAAGAACAAUUCCUCCCAGCUGAGGGAAAAAGUCGGGGUGCUUCUUCAACUCCGCCAGAGCCAGAGGAACGACAUCAAAGAUCUGCAGUCCCAGCUGGAGACCUGCGUGCAGCAGGCCACCAUCUUGAGGUUGGACCAGGAAAACAGGGUGCAGAUCGGCUCGCUAAUGCACGAAAUCGUGGAGGCCAAACUGGUGGAUGUUGCCUUGCAGCAGUCAAAAAGCAGGAAAGCCAUGUACUGGUUCUGGCAGGUGGGCAAAGUCCUGAGUGUCUUGGUGCUCGGCUGCGUUCUCCUGCUGACCCUGGCCUUAUGCUACACCUAUUUUUUCAACCAUGAAUUCAUGGCGGAGACUCUCCUGGCGUUUCUGGGCGAGCACAACGUCAACAGAAUCGUGCAAGGCUUCGCUCACUACUUGACGUGGAGGAACGACGGCCUGUUGCCUUUCUGAAACGCAGCCCACCUGGACUCCUCCGCGCUCCUACAACUUGAUUUUGACAUUAGAAAUCUAUGGAUUUAAAAACUUUGUAAGAAUCUCAAUAGACGGGUCUGGUUGUUUCUCCUUCUU